AUGGACAGAAGGCUUUGUGAAGCAGCAUUGGGAGGAGAUGUUACCGCUCUCUGUCAGUUGCUUCAAGAUGAUCCACUUGCUCUUGCUAAAGCUGCUUUGAAGUGCGAGGAUAAGAAUCCUCUUCACAUAGCAGCAAUAUUGGGCCAGGUAGAUUUUGUAAAAGCAAUCUUACAAGUUGAUUUUGCUUACAUUAUGUGUUUGGCCCGUGAUCAAGAUGGCGGAAACCCGUUACAUCUUGCUGCCAUGUAUGGCAGAUUGGAAGUCUUGCAAGAGCUACUUUAUGCAGGAUCUCAAGCCAAUUCUGCUCAUUCUAUGUGUUUGGCCCGUGAUCGAGAUGGCAGAAACCCUUUGCAUCUUGCUGCCAUGUGUGGAAGAGUGGCAGUCUUGCAAGUGCUAAUUCGUGCCGGAUUUCAAGCAGCUCUAGAGAAGACAGACGGCGGGGGAACCAUUUUGCACCUCUGCGUCAAACACAAUCAGCUGGAAGCAUUGAAGACGCUUGUCGACAUAUUAAAAUAUCCAGAGUUUGUGAAUGCAAAAAAUGAGGAUGGCAUGACCAUAUUGCACCUGGCCAUAUACUAUGAGCAACAUGAGACUGCGAAGUACAUAUUGCAGAAGAACGGAGUAGAUGUGAAUGCCAGGGAUGCAAAUGGAAAAUCAGAGUUAGACGUCUUACGCGGAGUUGGCAAUAUCAAGUCGGAUAUUGCACGACGUCUCAAAGUUGCUGGCGCCAAGACAAGCGACUUUUCUACAGGAUUACAGGAUUUAGUACGGGAGCAUCGUAGUUGGAUACAGGUGGCAUGCUCAAUUAUUGCGACAAUGGCUUUUCAGGCUGCAAUAAGCCCUCCAGGAGGAGCUUGGCAAGAAGACCAAAUAGCAGAUUCACGUGGUAACCCGGUGCCAAAUCCACACAGAGCAGCAGAAGCUGUAAUGGCACACACUCAUCCCCAGAGAUAUGAACUUUUCGUUUUCACAAGCGCAACAUCCUUUUGGGCAGCUCUGUCGACAAUCAUCAUCACCAUCUGUGAUUUUACUGGAAGGCUCUAG